UUGUGAUUUUGAUCAAGCAAUGUCACAAGAAUGUUAGUCAGACAAAGUUGGUAUAAACAUGCAGACUGACUGAUGAACAGAAAAUGCAAAAACAAAAGCUAAAAGCAAAUUGGAAGGAAAUUUCCUCUGAACUCCGAAGGGAAUUGUUGGCUGGAUUUCUCUUUCCUCACUGCCUUUUUUUUCUUCAUCAAAUUCCAGAACGUUUGAAUUUUCUGCACCAAAACCAAAGUCUCCUCUCAACAAAUGGGUCUUUAAGGAACAAUAUUUUCUCUGGUCAGAUGCUUCAAAUAGGUAGUUAAUAUCCACUCAAAUCACACACAGUUUCUUAAUAUUUAAUUCUUACUAAUCUGGCUCAUUUUUCAUUUGUUUAUGUUUUUGGUCUUCAAAUUUGCUUUUUGGGUUGUCUUCUCUACCUUGCUUGUUGCUUCUCAACCUUACCUACCUUCCUCACAACAAUCUAAAAAUUGUUUAAUUAUUUAUAUUAUAUUACCAAUAACUGCAAGGAGGAAUUUUGGCCCCUUCCCUUUGUCUUAAUCCCAAGGUCAAAUCCUCAACUCUCUCCUCUUUCUUCAAAGUUCAGACCAAACUCUCAGCUUCCUCUUCAUUUUUGUGUUCUUCAUCCUUCACUUGCAGCAAGCAGAGCAGAACUCGAAUUGUGUGAUAGAACUUGUCUUCCUCAACGACCGAAAAAGUAACCAAAACCAUGUCUUUAGUUCGGCCAUCAGAGCUCUCCACAUCGUACAGAAAUCCUAAUUUCUACUCUCUAAAGGGCAGCAAUGAUAGUUCCAGCUUGUCAACUCAAAUAUUUGGCUCUGAUAAGCACAAGGUGGUGUAUUCGGAUGAUCCUUACAGCACUGAGAGUUACGAGAAGUACUUCCUUGACUCCCCAAUGGAAGAAGAUACACAUCCAUCCAACUCAGGCGUUUCUGGGAGUUCGACUAACCCACAAGGUGCCUCAUCUUACCAGCUAACAGCUGGAUCGGUUUCCUCCUUGAAUACUCAAAAUCCAUUUAGCACUUCUUUAAUGUCCAAUUUUGAAUCAGAUUACUUAGAGAGUCAAAGCCCCGAUGCGGAUAGCUUUGAUGAAGAUAAAAUGAGAUUGAAGCUUAAAGAAUUGGAGAGAGCACUCCUUGAUGACAACGCAGAUGAAGACGAUGGGGAGAUAAAUUGCAGUAGUCAAAGCAUGGAAGUGGAUGAAUUGUUCCAUGACUCACCCAAGGAGUCUUCGUCCUCUGAUUCUAACGCGAGCAGCAUCAGCAGCAACAAAGAAAUAUCACAGGUUUCUCCUCGGACACCCAAGCAGCUGCUUUUUGAGUGUGCUGGUGCACUCUCAGAGGGAAAUGUCGAAGAAGCAUCAACAAUGAUAAAUGAGCUCCGACAGAUGGUAUCAAUUCAAGGAGAUCCUACACAAAGGAUUGCGGCUUACAUGGUGGAAGGCCUAGCAGCUCGCGUGGCUUCCUCAGGAAAAUUUCUUUACAAGUCUUUGAAAUGCAAGGAACCGCCGUCCUCUUAUCUCCUUGCAGCCAUGCAAAUCCUUUUUGAGGUGUGUCCUUGCUUUAAAUUUGGAUUUAUGGCAGCAAAUGGAGCCAUCAUAGAGGCAUGCAAAGAUGAAAAGAGAGUUCACAUCAUAGAUUUUGACAUAAACCAGGGGAACCAAUACAUAACCCUCAUACAAACACUUUCGAGUCUGCCAGGUAAGCCACCACACUUGAAGUUAACAGGGGUGGAUGAUCCCGAGACAGUUCAGCGUCAUGUUGGAGGCCUAAAGAUCAUUGGACAAAGGCUUGAGAAGCUAGCAGAAGCACUGAAAGUUCCAUUCGAGUUUCAUGUAGCCUCGAGGACUUCAAUCGUCAAUACCUCAAUGCUCGGCUGCAGGCCUGGGGAAGCACUUGUGGUUAACUUUGCUUUUCAGCUUCACCACAUGCCAGACGAAAGUGUUUCAACAGUUAACCAGAGGGACCAGCUUCUUCGGAUGGUGAAGAGCUUGAGGCCAAAACUCGUUACAGUUGUAGAACAAGACAUGAACACCAAUACGACCCCUUUUCUCCCAAGAUUUGUUGAAGCCUACAACUAUUACUCUGCUGUUUUUGAUUCCCUUGAUGCAGCUCUCCCCCGGGAGAGUCAGGAUAGGAUGAAUGUUGAAAGGCAGUGUCUGGCACGGGACAUAGUGAACAUUGUAGCGUGCGAAGGAGAGGAAAGAAUAGAGCGGUAUGAGGUAGCUGGGAAGUGGAGGGCAAGGAUGACCAUGGCAGGAUUUACUUCAUGUCCUAUGAGCACCAGUGUGACUGAUUCGAUUCGGGAUCUUAGCAGACGGUACAGUGAGAGGUACAAGGUGAAGGAGGAGGCGGGGGCGCUUCAUUUCGGAUGGGAAGAAAAAAACUUGAUUGUUGCUUCAGCGUGGAGGUGAUCUUCGGCUCCAAACUACUGCUAUGCUUUCAUUCAGUUUUGUACUUUGAUUUUGUGUGGGGUUCAAGAGUUAUGGCUAUAUAUCAGUAAUUUCGGAGUGUUUAUAAAUAAGGAACGUAGGGAGCUGCUAGUUUUCUAACACUGAUAAACGAUCUCGAUGCUUGUAAUAGAAUAACUUUAUAUAAUCUCCUAUAUAAUUUUGUGUGGACAUGUCGCCAAUGUGUUGAUACUGUUUGAUAUUGCAAAUUUAAAA